AUGCGCCAAUGCUGUGACGUGUCGGCUGGCUGGACCGUGUCAAACAGAGAAGGAUGUAAAAAUGAUUAAAAACGCCGCGGAUGCAUUUACUAAGCUAAGUUGUGGUAGGCCAAAGCGGCAGAUAGAGUAACGUAGUCCUUAGAGGUGAUACGUGACUUAUAAUUUAUCGUCUGGUUGGUACUUUUUAGUUAGGCAGCGGAAAAGUUUAUUUGAAUCACUUUUGAACCCGCGACACUGUCGUUGAGCUAACUUUUUUUUUUAGCGACGCUCGCGCUCAAGCUAGCAACCAGAGUCGGUGAAGCAGCAGAGCUAGACUUCACGGGAGUAUGAUCGUAUCCGUCGAUGCGAAACGGGUUAACUUUACGUCGAGGUGAAUUCUUUUAUUUAGUUUUGAAUUUAGCUCAGCAACCGAGCGGGUAGUUGGCUGCAGCGCGAAAAAAAUAAAAUACAAAUAUGUCGCGGAGGCGAUUGGACAGUCGCUGUGGACUCUCCGCCGGACUGCUGGGAGAAAGUCAGACUCCAGUCCACACGGAACCGAUGGAGAGUGUUUAUGAAGUCACCGGGGAGCUGGGAAGGGGGAAAUUUGCUGUAGUGAAGCGCUGUGUGGAGAAGGCCACAGGGAAAGUGUUUGCUGCCAAGUUCCUGCGAAAGAGGAGGAGAGGUCGUGAUUGCCGGGCUGAAGUAAUCCACGAGAUGGCUGUCCUGGAGCUGGCUCGCAAUAACGCCCGGGUGGUCAACCUACACGGCGCUCACGAGACGGAUCACGACAUCGUCCUAAUACUCGAAUAUGCUGCCGGUGGUGAGAUAUUUGAUCUCUGUGUGUCAGAGGAGAUGCUCCCGGAGGCUCAGAUCACCCGGCUGAUCUGGCAGACUUUGGAAGGAGUUCACAACCUCCAUCAGAAUAGCCUCGUCCACUUGGACCUAAAGCCUCAGAAUAUCCUCCUUACCAGCCAGCUGCCUCCAGGAGACAUAAAGAUUGUGGACUUUGGUCUGGCACGCAGACUGGGUGCGGUUGGAGAGCUCAGAGAGAUUCUUGGCACACCUGAGUAUGUGGCUCCAGAGGUCCUUAACUACGAGCCAAUCACAACAGCCACCGACAUGUGGAGUGUGGGGGUUAUAGCUUACAUGCUGGUGACUGGUGAGUCUCCAUUUGCUGCCGAUGACAAGCAGGAGACGUACCUGAACGUGUCCCAGGUGAAUGUGGACUACAGCAAGGAGGCCUUCUCCAAGGUGUCUGAGCUGGCGGUGGACUUCAUCCAGAAGCUGCUGGUUAAAGCACCCGAGGACCGGCCCACUGCUGCAGAGUGCAUGACUCACCCCUGGCUGUGGCAGCAGAUCUCCCUGAGCCCAGAGCCCAUGAUCACCCGCCCACUUCGAGAGAGGAGCUGUGGCACCAAGUGGGCCGCCCCACUAGAAGACCCCGAAGACAAGGAGAACAUUUUGGAGUCACCCCACUCACAUGCAAAGAAGUUCCGCUUCGACGAGGACACGCCAGCCUCCGGCGAGGGUGACUUUUGACAACAUACCAGAAAAAAAAAUAAACGAUGGAGGAAGGGAUUGAGUUAAGGCAGGGAUGUCCACUGCUUUCUUUGUGCUUUUAAAUGGUUUUAAGCUCCAGUUUUCUGCCACCCCACAACUCUUCAGAUGUUAUCCUAAUUAAUGAAUUGAUCACUCAAACCAAAGAUAGCAGUUUUGUAUUUUCAACAAACCCCGCCUGGGGAAACGUGAACGCUGUACAGUAUGUCUCAAUAAUUGCAGUAUAUUUAAUCUAAAGUAUUUAAUUCCUCGAUGGGAUCUGUUUUCACACGACUCCAUAAUGUUGUCCCUGUUCUUAUGAAGGCUAGUUUAGUAUUUCUAGUGAAAUCUGUGCAAUACUAGUGCAUUUACAAUGUUUGUCGGAAUGCGGGAAGCGUCGCCGCCUCUCGUCCCUGUUUAGCUGCACUUGUGCUUCAGCAGAAAUGUCUGAAUUCUAGAACAGCAUCUCUGCUAUGAGGAAGUGUGAUUGAAGAGUCUUUGGCGCUGGAAACAAAAACACUCGUCAAGACUUUGAGGUUUGUAAAAUGUGUAACUUCACCAGCAGUUACUUACAGGUAUACAUUCCUUUAAAGAUUUGUUUUUUUUAUUGUGUAAUGAAACUACAUUUCCCUUAAAUAUGCACUAGAUGAUUUAAGUGUAGCUCAAAGUCCUAAAUCUUUAUGUAGUGCCCAGUAAUUGAAGAGAAAAGCUUCUAAACGUAGUGUUGAUCUAGUGUUUUCCCCCUAAGUCAUAAAGAAAGUGAGGAUCCGGUUUUGGUAUUCUGAACAAGACUUCUGUGAAAACUGUAGUUCACAUUCCUCUCCCACAUUAGCUCAACACGUCAGGUUCCUCUUUGACAAGAGGUGGAGAAACUCCACUUUAGCACUUACUUCGUAAAGUUGAAUCGACGAACGGAAGCGGAGCUGUUUUUUUCUGAAAGUCUGUUGCGACUUGUCCGCGGUAUGUCUCAGCCUUUCGCCAAAGCCAUUCAGCUAAAGCUGCUCCAGUCCUCCUGGGUCAGGGUGCCUGAAGUUCCUGUUGUUUUCAUCUCAGGGUGUGCUGCUCACUCUCAUUUUCUUUUGUAUUCUUAAUGUUAUUCUUAGAGGCGUGUUAUUUAUGUGCUGGAUGUAUAUUUUUAUGUAAAUAUUGUGUCUUAAAAGGAAGUGCCAAGAUAAAGAAGGGGGGUUGGCAGAUGUAAUUUAAAUCUAGAUGAUGUCGAGGCUGCAGGGAAAGAUCGGUAAAGGUUUUGGAAUGUUGAAGGAUUGCUUUUGAGUUAUUACUGGGAAGUAAAUUAAAUGUGGAAUUUGACAUGAGUUAGGUGGAAGGAAGAUGAUUAAGACGAAAGAACUAGAAAUGUCGGUUUUGAAUGAAGGAUUUGAAUGAAUCGUUUCAGCUAUUCGUUCAGUCCUAAUGGGUUAGAAUUAAGUUGGUCAUGAGGAAGUUGGAAAGGGUUAAAGGUGAUGGGUUGUGGACAGAACCACUGGUGAGUGUGAGGCGUUGAGACCCAGAAUUUGCUGUUUUCCGCUGAAAACGCUGGCAGCUCCGAUCGCUCCUGACCUCCAGCAACAUUCCUUGUUUCGUGCCGAGGUGCCAAAGCAAGUGGGACCACAUUGUGUUUGUUGUUUUCGUCACCGUCGAGGACAAAAGCAUUGUGUUUGGAGGCAAAUGCUCUCAUCUUCAUGCCGUCAUCCUACAGAACUGGAAGACCGCUCUGUGCGAGUCACUAAAUGAGGGAGCUGCAGAAUCUCUUCCUGUAAUUGUGGAGUUUAUUUAGCUACUGCGUAAGAAAGAGGCUUGAAUCUUGGUAAAUAAUUUUGCAGACUCUUGUUUUGUGAAAUACCUCUUCAAACGGCGUCUUUAUUCCAGGCGUAAGCUCUUUGCUCUGGCAGCAAAAAACUGUAAAAUAUUCCAAACAGGUCGAAGAGCGGGCGUUUGACGCAGAUUCCUUAAAGGGUGGCUGCUGCCCGUCACGUGAACGUGAGUUGGAGGGGGUUUUAUGUGCAGCUUUUUGUACGUAUUUCCAUCAGCGGGCUGCUCUGUGGCCUCCGUGUGUGUCUGUGAGCGCUCAUUGUCCGAGCGCGAGGCGCUUUCAGCCCGCACUCGUCCUGGGGAAGUAGAGCGCCGCUGAUGUCACACAGCAUUCCUGUUUGAGCGCAGUGACACUGAAGCCUACUGUAUGCUAGAGUCAAAACAAGCACAAGCAAAGAAAUAUUUAAGAGAUGUACCUUUAUUUUGCAUUUUAAAUAUUUUUAAAUGUAUGAGCGUUCUGAUUGAGUUUGUAAUAGAUUGAAAAGAGAAUUUGUAUACUGAUCAACUGCAGGCUAAUACGUAGACAUCACAAAGUGAACUGGAAAAGCUCAUUAAAGGUAAUAGAGAAACAG